ACUUUAACCUAUUCAUUAAAUUAAUAAUUUUCAAUUCACACUUGUCAUUUUUCAUUCACACUUCUGUGUCAAUCUCAAUUUUUUUUGCUUUUGGCUGUUUGAAUUACCAGAAACUUUACUCAAUCGAAAUGGCAUCAGUUGCGACCAAAUUCCGCCCACUUUUUGAUCGAGUUUUGGUCAAACGUUUGGAUGCUGUGAAACAAAGUAAAGGAGGUAUAAUGUUGCCAGAAAGUGCUUCGAAAAAAGUUCUCGAGGCAACUGUUGUAGCUGUAGGACCCGGCGCAAGAAAUCAGGAUGGAAAAUCAAUACCAGUUGAUGUUAAAGUUGGCGACCGAGUAUUAUUACCUGAAUAUGGUGGUACUAAAAUUCAAUUGGAUGAUGAUGAUUCAUACACAAUUUUCAAAGAAUCAGAAUUAUUAGCAAAAGUAGAGUAAUUAUAAAUAAUAUGUUUCACAAUUAUAAUUCGACUGAUUAAUUUAGUGGGAAAUAGUUACGUUCACAUUUGUUUAAAAUUUAAAAGAAUUCCACCGUUUUACUUCUGAUUGUGCUUGAAAUAGCUGUACUCGUUUUGAAUAUAAUUUAUGUCUUAAU